AUGGACUGCAACCCCAACUACAAGGAUGCCGUCUGGGCAUUCUAUCGAUUUGUACCGUCAAAAGAGGCAAACAUUGUGUUUGUAGUUCUCUUCGCGAUAACGACGCUCCUCCAUGUCUUUCAACUCUGGCGAACAAAAACAUGGUAUUUAAUCCCAUUAGUUUUGGGCGGAGUCUGCGAGGUUAUCGGAUAUAUCGGGCGGGUUUUGAACACAAACGAAGAGCCGGGGUGCUGGACGAUGGGACCCUACAUCAUGCAGAGUGUCUUGAUUCUCAUCGCGCCUGCGCUCUUUGCCGCGUCGAUUUACAUGAUCUUGGGAAGAAUUAUUCUCUUGACGGAGGGUGAACACCACUCGUUGAUCCGACGGAAGUGGCUCACCAAGAUCUUUGUAUUUGGAGAUGUUGCAUCGUUUAUGCUCCAAUCAUCAGGGGGCGGACUCAUGGCUAUUGCAGAUCUCAGCAAAAUGGGCGAAAAAAUCAUCGUUGGAGGUCUUUUCGUCCAGCUCUUCUUCUUUGGCUGCUUCAUCAUCGUAAGCGCGGUGUUCCACAUUCGAAUGCAUCGAGACCCCACCCCGAGAUCCUUAGAAUCUCGCGUAAGGUGGCAGACAUAUCUCACGACACUCUACGUCACAGGAAUUCUGAUCUGGGUGAGGAGUUUGUUCAGGGUGGUCGAGUUCAUCGAAGGAAAUGAUGGGCACUUGAUGCGCAGCGAGGUUUGGGUAUUUGUGUUUGAUGGCAUGCUGAUGCUGCUGGUGUUGGUAUGGAUGAAUUGGUUCCAUCCUGGCGAGAUCGGACUCCUGAUCAGGGGAGAGAGAAGCAUCACGAACGGACUCGAGCUGGUCAAGAUGGGAGGAGGAUCGGGGAGAAAGAGGCUCGAUACCAUGGAGAGCCUAUCGUCUGAACACAAUGUUUGA